CAGGUUUUGUUUUGCGUAAUAUACGUUUUCAGGAGCUAGGAACACUCAUUCUAAAAUAUUCCAACAAGCUAUUCUUUCACACACUUGUAUGGAUGACCCCAAUUUAAAGCCCAGGCCCGAGGUCCUUUCGUGGGGCUGCUGAGGUGUCAUCAUGGUGGGCUAUGACCCAGGGUCACAGAGUGCUGCCCUAACCCCAGAGGAUGCAGCCCUGGCUGGGUCGGCCUCAGGCAUGGUGACCCGAGCCCUGAUCAGCCCGUUCGAUGUCAUUAAGAUCAGAUUCCAGUUGCAGAUAGAGCGCAUGUCCUCCCAGCACCCAGAAGGGAAGUACUGGGGUAUAUUCCAGGCCUCACGCUGUAUCCUCACGGAGGAGGGGUUAUCUGCCUUCUGGAAGGGUCAUGUCCCCGCCCAGCUCCUCUCUGUCUGCUUUGGGGCAGUGCAGUUUGCCAGCUUUGAGCUGUUGACCGAGGUGGUCCAUAAAAGCACGCCGUAUGACAGCCAGACAGCAGGGGUCCACUUCGUGUGUGGCGGUCUGGCUGCCUGCUCGGCCACGGUGGCCUGCCAGCCUCUGGACACACUGAGGACACGCUUCGCUGCUCAGGGAGAACCCAGGGUGUAUCGGAGCCUGAGGCAUGCCGUGUCUACCAUGUACCAUUCGGAGGGGGUUCUGGGGUUCUACCGGGGCCUGGCUCCCACAAUGGUGGCAGUGUUCCCCUAUGCAGGUCUGCAGUUCUUCUCCUACAAGGUCCUGAAGAACCUCAUGGGACCACCACCUAUGGACAGCUACGUUGGAGCAAACCUCAGAAGUUUGAUAUGUGGGAGCUGUGCUGGAGUUAUCAGCAAGACAGUCACCUACCCCUUUGAUCUAAUCAAAAAGAGACUUCAGGUGGAAGGCUUCGAAGUAGCCAGAGCCCACUUUGGACAGGUGCGGAGGUAUGCUGGCUUUGUAGACUGUGCAUCACAGAUCGCCAGAGAAGAAGGACUCCGGGGCUUCUUCAAAGGCCUCUCUCCCAGUCUAGUAAAGGCAGCACUAUCCACAGGCUUCACCUUCUUCUGGUAUGAGAUCUUUCUUAAUGCAAUACAGAACCUGAAGGGGACUGGUGAGUAGGGGAGGACAUCCAGUAGAAGUUCCCCCCCCCAAAAAACAAACCUCAUCCAACUUCUUGUGGACACGCUACGUAAACAGACGUUGUACCAUAAAUCGGUCAUGAUCCAACUGUGUAUAUAUGAGGAUGAGCAGCAUUCAUACUGUUGCUUUGGACAAACCACUAUUUCACACUAGCACUCUUCAAUAUCCAGAAGGUGAGCAGACAUUCACCCCUUAACAUGCCAAGAGAGUGGGGAGAUUUUGGUUUUGCCUCUGGUCCUGUUCUGUUCUCUUGAAUGGACGCAGGAGUUGAUCUGUCAUAUAACCAAUCCCGUAAGACAUUAGUUCUGGGUUAACCAAGAUUAAACCUCAACCAAUAUGGGGAAAUGCUAAACUGAUCAAGGGGUGUGUAAACAAGCAGAGGUAUUGGAGAACGUGGCAGAAUCACGCACAUCUACAUCAAGCAAGCCACAUCCCUGACCCAUGGGUGACCGUGUCAAUAUUACUGCUUUAUAUCUAGGGUGUAGCCUAUAUUUUGGGAAAAUGUCUGGUGCGGUGAUGCUUUGGACCUUACACAUCAUAAGGAAUGAUACUGUCUCCCCUCACCAUUUGUCCAGUGUGUAAAUGUGGCAGUCAUGUAAAUCUGCAGUGGUUUGUGGACCUUUUUCAUGCACCAAAAACAGCCAUAUUACAGGGAGCUAUUGUAACAAUGUAUUUUAACUACCUGCAGAGUUGCAUUUUUUCUAACAGACAGUGUAAGGAUCAUGGUUAUUACGGUGUUUUGUUUUCUAAAUAUGUUUCUGAAUUUCAGAGUUCAUUUUUGUUUUACUUUAGUUUCUGUAGGCACCAUUUCCCAGGUAAUAACAGAACAUUGCUUCAACUCGAGACAAUUUGAAUCUUCACUGAUAUCGCUCAUCCAAUGUGUGGUCGACACUGCGUUGUUACCUCUCUGGUGUGGGGAAAUGAGAAAUCUGAUGGAGGUUGAACAACACAUGCGGUACCCUGUUUGAGGAGAGAUGACCGAAUAAGUCUUUUGUGGCUCCAUCUGUCAACACAAGGCUGCAUUAAGUCUCUUUCAGUAACCCAUUUUUUGGUUACUGUAUUGAUUUCCAAAGCAAUGAAGCCUUUUACCCUAGCAUUGCCAGGAGUUCUACAGUUAGAAUCAGGUAGCUUACAUUUACUAGGUUCCGAAGUUUGAAAAUUCCCAUUAGCUUUUUGAUCCAACAAAUAUUUUUAAACCUUCUGCUUUGGGCUGGAUGUGAUAUAUAAUGUGUAUGUAGAAUCAUUACCAUACCUGAGUUAAAGUGAGUGGGUUUAAUGACAUGACAUAAUGCACCAUUAUCUCUGACAUGCCACUUACAAUCUCUGGCUGAAUUUAAUUAUUUUAUGUCUGUGUGGCUAAAAACAUUUUUAUAUAAUUUUUAUUUUCCUAAAAUAACCUUAUCUGAUUACCACUGUCUUGGAUUAUGUACUGACAAAUGUACUUCUGUUUUGACUGCUGUAUAAGGAACUUUUUGUUAUAGAAAUAUUUCACAGCAAUUUAGAUGGUAACAAUACUCUACAUUGGUUAGUACAUAAACUGUGUAGAUUUUGAGCAACCAGGAAACAUUUUCUAUAUUAGCCUUUUGCCAUAACCACAAAAUCAAACAGCGUUACAAUUUUGACAAUGAAUCUGGGCUAGGGGAAAGAUGUGAAAGAAAUGCUUGAUAGCAAACUCAAAGAAAGGACCAUACCAAAGUUAAUCUGAUCACAGAAUGCGUUUUGAAAAAGGGCAGUUGGAUAAAAGUGCUUUGACGUUAAUUUACAUUUUAGGUUAAGCUGUUGUCCUGUUCAAAUGUAAAGUUUGUUGCCUUCUGUGUAUGUAAUGUCUUGCAAUGUUUUUCUCAGUUCUAUGUGUUUGGUACUGUAUUUGGGAAUAUUUAUUGAAAUGACCAUUUAUGCUGUUUUUGGUUUACUUUUCUUUGAGAUACAAUACUUCCAUUUUCUAUAAAACCUGUAACAGUUUGUUUUUCAAUUUUUUUCUCAGCUCUCAGCAAUAACAUUUUGAUGCAAAUUUGUUAACCAUACUCAGGCUAAUAUUUACCUACUGAUUGCUCUAAUAUGGAAGAAGGAUCUUGACUGUCAAUGUAGGUUUUAAAUGUUGCACCAUUGCACACCCCCAGGGAAGGAAUUGCAGGAUUUUUUUGCUUUGUCUUUGUGCAUGGGCAGAAUUUCAAAUCUGAAAUUUCAACUGAAAUGUACUAAUAAAAAUGUUCUAUUACCCUGUUUUGAAAAGUAGGCUGGGGUUGCAGGCUGGCUAUAAUUUCAACCAUGUACAUGCCAUAUCGAACACUUUAUUUAAUAUUAAAAUAUUUAUUUGAUGUACUCUGUUGGAAAAAGAUGCUUUAUUAUGUAUAUGAAUGUGGUUGGCUACUGGGGCACUGUAGAAAUGGUGUCAGUUUAGUUAGUGGUGUGAUUCUACAUUUUGAAAUAAAGGCUGCUGUACUUUUUUC